UUGUAGCUAGCUCCCAUCACCAAUUCACAAAGACAGCAACAAGAUCACAAGAAGCAUCUUUCAUCAUCUCUCUCUCUCUCUCUCUCUCUCUCUCUCUCCUUUUGUCAUCAUCUUCUAGCUAGAUCCCGCAUCACCCAUUUAUAUACAAAGCAUGCAAUAGAAACAUAAGCAAGCAUCUCUCCUCUCCUCGAUCUCCUUCCAUUCUCUCUCUCUCUCUCUCUCUCUCUCUCUCUCUCUCAUGGGCAACACCUUGCAAUGCACACCACACUACUCCACCACCUCUUCCUACACCAUCAAAGUAGUCCACUACUCCAACCCUAACACCCCCGGCUGCGGCGGCGGCGUCGUCGAGCACUUAUACGCGAGCCCCACCACGCGCGUCGCGGACCUGCUGCUGGACCACCCGGGCCACUUCGUCUGCGACGCGGCGCGCCUCACCGUCGGCCACCGCGUGCCCGCGCUGCCGCCCGACGAGCCCCUCGCCCCCCGCCGCCUCUACUUCCUCCUCCCUACCGACCUUCUCUACUCCGUCCUCACCCACGAGGAGGCCGCCGCACUGUCCUCCAUCUCCACCAAGAGAGCCAAGAAGAAGAAGCACCACCACCAGUGCAGGAGCGGCGGCGGCAGCGGCAUAGGAGUGAGGAUAUUUCCGACGGCGACUGCAACAGCGGCGACGACGCAGGGAGAGGAGAGGAUUAUGUGGCGGCAGCAGCCGUGGCGGCCGGCGCUCGACACCAUUGAAGAGAUCGCUUGAGCUUAUAUUAUAUAGAGAGAGAAUUAAGCUCUUAUGCUUUUAAAAGUAUUAAGUUAGUGUUUGUAAGUUUUCGGUUCUUAGAUUAAGAAAUAUACAGUUAGGAUGAUGUAAGCAGUCUAAUGUUGAGUGAGUGGUUGGUUGAAUAGUAUAAUCUAACGGGUGAAAAUUAUCAAAGACGUAAGUACUUUGUACUCUUACAUGC